GUCAUCGGUUCAGGAAAUUUCACAACAACAUCAGAAGAUCAAACACAGCAACAUCUCGACUGACGUGAAAAGCGCCUGCGACCUGCGCAACACUUGGCUAAUAUCACCGAAAGAUACCCAGGAAUGUCAAAACGUCACGCGUUGGAGGCGCUUGAGGACUUACCAGGCCUUGAGUCGCCCGCAUCCAAGAAGUCGAGAUUCGACGACUACAGCAAAACCCUGACCCCGGCCAGCGCAAACGAGAUUGGCGAUGAGCAUCCAACGCCGGCGCAUGAAAACGGAGCAGCAGAGGACGGAGAUGGCGCAGAAGAUGUCGAGGAGGCGGAAGAGGAUAAGGAGGACGCCGAGGAAAAGGCCCCGAUCAGACAGUCCGCGCCCACAGCCGGCUACGACGACCUCUACCUCGAUACCAUCGACCGCAACGUUCUCGACUUUGACUUCGAAAAGUUGUGCUCCGUCACACUAUCCAACAUCAACGUCUACGCAUGUCUAGUAUGUGGGAAGUACUACCAGGGCCGGGGCCCAAAAUCGCACGCCUACUUCCACGCGCUCGACGAGGACCACCACGUGUUUAUCAACAUGAGCACCCAAAAGGUCUACGUGCUGCCGGAGGGGUAUGAGGUCAAGAGCAAAUCGCUCGACGACAUCAAGUACGUGUCGGACCCCCGGUACACACGGCAAGAAGUAGCCGAACUGGACCGCAAGCCGCGCAAGUCUUGGACGCUCGCGGGCAAGGAGUACGCCCCCGGAUUUGUGGGCAUGAACAACAUCAAGGAAAACGACUACCUGAACGUCAUUGUCCAGGCGCUCUCCCACGUCUCGCCGCUGCGCAACUACUUCCUCCUAGAGGACUUCACCUCCGCCCCGGAACUCGUCAAGCGCACGUCCAUCCUCUUCCGCAAGAUCUGGAACCCGCGCGCCUUCAAAUCCCACGUCUCCCCACACGAACUCCUCCAAGAAAUCUCCCUCCGCUCCAACAAGCGCUUCACCCUAACGGCGCAAUCCGACCCAGUCGAAUUCCUCUCCUGGUACCUCAACCACCUUCACCUCGGCCUCGGCGGCAGCAAAACCAAACCCGGCUCAAGCAUGAUCCAGCGCAUCUUCCAGGGCAAGCUCAAGGUAGAAUCGCAAGCCAUUACGGCGCGCACCGACGCGGCCCAGGACCGCCUGCGCUUUGAGGAGGCAGCCGACGUUAAAGUCGACAUCGCCCGCUUCCUCCUCCUGACCCUCGACCUCCCGCCCGCCCCGCUCUUUCAAGACGAGCAGGAGCGCAACAUCAUCCCCCAGGUGGCCCUCACCGCCCUCCUAUCUAAAUACAAUGGCGUCACGGCGCAGGAGCUCAACGCGCAGCGCAAGCGUUACCGCUUGAUGCACCCUCUUCCCCCCUUUUUAGUUUUUCACAUCAAGCGCUUCAGUAGGAACAAGUUCGUGGCGGAGCGCAACCCCACCAUCGUCACAUUCGACCCGCACAAUCUCGAUGUAUCCCCUUACGUCGAGCCCUCGGGAGAGGAAGGACAAGGAGGACAGCCGAUUCUCUACGACCUGGUGGCCAACGUGGUGCACGAGGCGGUGCGCGCCAAGGAGGACGUGGCGGACAGCGCGGUGGGCGAGGAGCGCAAGACAUGGAAGGUGCAGCUGCGCGACAAGGCGACGGACGAAUGGGUCGUCGCGCAGGACUUGUUUGUCGACUCAAUCCGGAGCGAGCUGUUGUAUUUGGGCGAGAGCUAUCUGCAGGUGUGGGAGAGGAGGAGGGGGUGACAUAAUGUUUUCCACGCGGGAGGGAGUUGUACGAGACACCAUUUCCAGAGGUGUGAAACUUUCCAUAAGCCCACAUCAUCAUAAAUACGCCGCAGACGAAGCGUCUUGGUGAACUGAGAUGGUGGGCAACGUAGCGAGUUGUUGAUGGUUACAAUAAAACUACACCACCUCCGCCCCGUCCCAUCUCUCGAUUCCGAGAUCCCUUCGCCCACAUCCCUUCAUCCCGCGUGUCGCUCAAACAGCCAGUGAACCCAUUCAGCACUCCUUCCUCCCAAUUUGUCCUCGUCAUAAAACCGUCGGGUGCCGUACCAUGACCAAUGUUCAAGGAGACACAAACACACUAAGACCAACCACGACCCUCUCGAGAUUCGAUCCGAUUCUCUUCGGCCCGAAUAUCCCGGC